AUGCAUCUGGCACUCGUACAAAAAAUAAUGUAUUUAUUUUCAAAUAUUGUUAUAGUUAUUUUAGUGCAUUUAACUAUUUCUUCAUUACUUACGGAUGCAUUUCGUGAUAAUGCUGAAGAAUGUUGUGAAACAGGUCGAAUUCAAGCUGAAACUGACAAAACAUGUACGUUAAAAACACACUUAUUAACAUCAAAAAAUGAUACAAAUAUAACAAAUUAUUGUCCUUAUUUAACACAUAUAUGUUGUUUAUCAAAUUUACGUAAUUAUUAUUGUGAAGAAGGUGUAAAUACAGCUCUACGUUUAUUACCAUGUAAUGAAACAAAAUUACAUUUAAAAGAUACUUAUAAGAUAUGUUGUCGAUGUUGCGAAUUAGGUGUUCAGGCAGGUCGACAUCUUGAAGAUUGUGAUCCGGUGCCUAUACUUGAUGAAAGAUGUGGUGAACAAUUUACAAAUUGUUGCAAAAAAGCUAAAUCAUUGAAUUGUGAUCCUGGUUUUGAAAUGGGCGAUAAUGCUCGUUGUCGUGACAUCAAUGAAUGUCUAUCAAGUCCUUGUCCAAAAACGAUGACAUGUGAAAAUACACCAGGUUCUUAUCAAUGUAUUGAAGGAUGUGAAUCUGGUUAUACAUGGUCACUUAAAUAUGGAGAAUGUCGAGAUACUGAUGAAUGUGCACUUCAUACACAUAAUUGUACUCAUGGACAGCGAUGUGAAAAUAUGCCUGGAUCAUUUCGAUGUAUACGUGAAAGAAAUUGUGGAACAGGUUAUCAAGUUGAUCCUCAAACACAAACUUGCACGGAUAUUGAUGAAUGUGAACAAGGCAUUGAUGAACCUGGUUAUGUUUGUAAAAAUAUACCUGGAACGUACAAAUGUCAACCACAAAAUUGUACAAAAGGUGAAAAAUUUAAUGCUUUUUUUGGUCGCUGUGAAAAAGUUCAAUGUCAACCAGGUUAUAAUGCAACUUCUUUUGGAAAAUGUGCUGAUAUUAAUGAAUGUGCACAAAUACCAAGUCCAUGUCAACCAACUGAAAGAUGUGAUAAUACACCGGGUUCAUAUAGAUGUGUUCAAACAUUUCGUUGUGCAAGUGGACUUGAAAUGAAAGAUCUUAAAUGUUUAGAUAUUGAUGAAUGUGUUAUUGGCAAUCAUACUUGUCCUGAACCGGCAACUUGUAAGAAUACAUAUGGAUCAUUUUAUUGUGAAUGUCCACUUGGAUUUGUAUUUAAAUAUGGUGUUUGUGUUGAUGAUGAUGAAUGUGCACGAGGUAAUGUCGUUUGUCCAUCGAAUGCAUAUUGUCGUAAUACACCUGGAUCAUAUGCUUGCGAAUGUAUUGCUGGAUAUAAAAUGAUAGCUGAACGUGCAUUUUGUGAAGAUGUUGAUGAAUGUGAAACAUCAUCGGAUACAUGUGAACAUAAAUGUGUUAAUGUUCAAGGAUCAUAUUAUUGUUUAUGUAAAGAAGGUUAUCGAUUAAAUGGUGAUAGACGAACAUGUCGAGAUCUUGAUGAAUGUUCAAUGAUUCCAAAUUUAUGUCAAUAUCAUUGUGUUAAUACACCAGGUUCAUAUAAAUGUAUAUGUCCAUCAGGUUUUACACUUGAACGAAGUCGUCAAUGUCAAGAUAUUGAUGAAUGUACUAUUGGUACUCAUAAUUGUCGUUCUGAUGAAUAUUGUGUUAAUCUUCUUGGUGGAGUUCGUUGUUAUUCUGUUAAAUGUCCUGAAGGUUAUGAUAAAAUGGGAACUAAUCGAUGUCAAUUAUCUGCACGUUGGUGUCAACAACAUCAAUAUGAUAAAGAUUUACGUUGUACAAUUCGAAAACCAGUUAAAUAUGUUUAUUCAUUCAUUUCACUUCCUGCAAAAAUGCGUACACCAAUGGAAAUUUUUCGUAUACGUAAUAGUCAAUUACAAACAAAUCAAUAUGCGGAAUUUGAUUUACGUUUAAUGGAUGCAUUUGAUCCAUAUACAAAAUUAGCUACAACAACACUUGAUCAUUUUCAAUUAAAAAAUUAUCCACCACAUAAUGCUAAUUUAAUUGUUGUUAGAGAAUUAAGUGCAUUUCAAGAAAUUGAAUUAAAUAUUGAAAUGAAAAUUUAUACAAAUAAUAUUUUAAGUUCAAUAUCAAUUAUGAAAAUAUUAAUUUAUGUUAGUCAAUAUGACUUUUAUCCUUAG